AUGAUUUACAUCAUGUUGCUUAGAGGAAAAGAAGAAAAUACUGCAAGCCAAGCCAUCAAACUCAUCCCACCGAGGGUAAAAAGGCAUGAGAUUUUAAUGAGGUGCAAAGUGACAAUGAGUGAAAACAUUCUAGGCACAAAAAUAGCAAAAACUAAAUGGUUUAGGUUAGGCUUACCCACCCCCACUUCUUCCUCAUGUUGUGUACUUCUUCAUGAGACUGAGCCAGCUUUUCAUCACUUUCGAGGCUCUACGACCAUCACCAUUAAGAAAACUCCUACAGUUCUUGACAGAGAAAUGAAGAAACUAUGCAGAACAUUUCCAUAA